UUCUCUAUUUCAAAACAAUACACUCUCACCGACGCGAUCCGAUCUCAUCUCAUCCCCUUGAAACCAUGGUUGAGCCGGCGAACACCGUUGGAAUCCCUGUGAACCAGACAGCGUUGUUGAAAGAUGAGCUCGAUAUCGUGAUUCCGACUAUCAGAAACCUCGAUUUCCUCGAGAUGUGGAGACCUUUCCUUCAGCCUUACCAUCUCAUCAUCGUCCAGGAUGGAGAUCCGACGAAGAAGAUCCAUGUUCCUGAAGGUUACGACUACGAGCUUUACAACAGGGAUCCAUCUGGGAAAGCUGUGAACGCUCUUGAGCAACAUAUCAAGAACCUUCUCUGCCCAUCGUCUCCCUUUUUCUUCAACACCUUGUAUGAUCCUUACCGUGAAGGUGCUGAUUUCGUCCGUGGAUACCCUUUCAGUCUACGUGAAGGUGUUUCCACUGCUGUUUCCCAUGGUCUCUGGCUCAACAUCCCUGAUUACGAUGCCCCUACCCAACUCGUCAAGCCUAAGGAGAGGAACACCAGGUAUGUGGAUGCUGUCAUGACCAUCCCAAAGGGAACACUUUUCCCAAUGUGCGGUAUGAAUUUGGCUUUCGACCGUGAUUUGAUUGGCCCAGCUAUGUACUUUGGUCUCAUGGGUGAUGGUCAGCCUAUUGGUCGUUACGACGAUAUGUGGGCUGGUUGGUGCAUCAAGGUGAUCUGUGACCAUUUGAGUUUGGGAGUGAAGACCGGUUUGCCAUACAUCUACCACAGCAAAGCGAGCAACCCUUUCGUGAACUUGAAGAAGGAAUACAAAGGAAUCUUCUGGCAGGAGGAGAUCAUUCCCUUCUUCCAGAACGUAAAGCUAUCGAAAGAAGCAGUAACUGUUCAGCAAUGCUACAUUGAGCUCUCAAAGAUGGUCAAGGAGAAGUUGAGCUCCUUAGACCCCUACUUUGACAAGCUUGCAGACGCCAUGGUUACAUGGAUUGAAGCUUGGGAUGAGCUUAACCCACCAGCUACAGCAGCCACUGCCAAAGCUUGAGCAGUAUGAGCCAAAAAGAAAAAACCACCACAGUUUUGGUUAUUUUUAGCUCAAAUUAUCUUUACUUUUAAAUUUCGGAUUUUUAUGAACCUUUCUUGUUUUUACUCUUUACACUUUUGAGUAGUUGUUAUCAUCAGUACCCUUCUCAUUGUCCGACUAUGGUUUUUGCAUUUGGUUUUAAAUUGUCACCGGUUUAUUUAUAAGCAAUGGUGAAUUUGUAGUACUAUUUUCUGAGUUUUUCCUUUUGUUUUAUUAAUAAAAAAGCCUUUCGCAGGUGUUUGCAAAA